UCUGUGGACUUUCACCUCUAACACCAACUCUCUCUCUCUCUCUCCAGUUUUCAGUGCUCGAUCAUCCAGAGCUCAGUCAGCUGCAGGUGAAAUGGAAGACAACCAGAAGAGUCAUGAUUACCUGGCAGAGGGGCGGAGUCACAGGACUGGCCUGCCAAUGGGAGAAGACAGAAAAACUACACAUCUAAUAGAGGAACAGAGAGCAGGGUCAGAUAUGAUCUACACCAUUGAGGACGUUCCACCUUGGUACCUGUGUAUUUUACUGGGCCUACAGCAUUACCUGACCUGUUUCAGCGGGACUGUAGCGGUCCCCUUCCUUCUGGCUGAGGCCAUGUGUGUUGGUCGAGACCAGAACACAAUCAGUCAGCUGAUUGGAACCAUCUUCACCACUGUCGGAGUCACAACCCUGAUCCAGACCACCGUAGGAGUCAGACUUCCUCUGUUUCAGGCCAGUGCGUUUGCUUUCCUGAUUCCUGCUCAGGCGAUUCUCAGUCUGGACCGUUGGAGGUGUCCCAGUGAGGAGGAGAUUUAUGGGAACUGGAGUCUUCCUCUGAACACCUCCCACAUCUGGCAGCCACGCAUCAGAGAGAUCCAGGGCGCCAUCAUAGUGUCCAGUCUGUUGGAGCUGCUGAUUGGUCUGUGCGGGAUGCCAGGUUUGCUGCUGGAGUACAUCGGUCCGCUCACCAUCACUCCAACUGUCUCACUGAUCGGCCUGUCUGUCUUCACCACAGCCGGAGACAGGGCCGGAUCUCACUGGGGCCUGUCAGCACUGUGUAUUUUGCUCAUCGUGCUGUUUGCUCAGUACCUGAGAGCGACAUCACUUCCUGUUCCCGUUUACAGCCGCAAGAAAGGACUGAGGUCAACCAGAGUCCAGAUCUUCAAGAUGUUUCCUAUCAUCCUUGCCAUCAUGUUGGUUUGGCUUGUUUGUUAUGUCCUCACUCUGACCAACUUGUUGCCGAGCGACCCCGAUCGGUACGGACACAAAGCUCGGACAGACGCCCGCGGAGACAUCAUGACCUCGUCACCCUGGUUCAGGGUACCCUACCCCUGUCAGUGGGGGUUGCCGGUGGUUACAGUUGCCGGGGUGCUGGGAAUGCUGAGUGCAACCCUGGCAGGAAUCGUUGAGUCAAUUGGAGAUUAUUACGCCUGUGCUCGUCUGUCUGGAGCCACGCCCCCUCCGGUCCAUGCCAUCAACAGGGGGAUCUUUACUGAGGGCGUCUGUUGCAUCAUCGCCGGUCUCUUAGGAACAGGAAACGGCUCCACCUCCUCCAGCCCAAACAUAGGCGUCCUGGGCAUAACCAAGGUGGGCAGCAGGCGGGUGGUGCAGUACGGGGCGGGCAUCAUGUUCCUGUUGGGGUCGGUUGGGAAGUUCACGGCUCUGUUCGCCUCGCUGCCGGACCCGAUCCUCGGAGGGAUGUUCUGCACGCUGUUUGGUAUGAUCACAGCUGUCGGUCUGUCCAACCUGCAGCUGGUGGAUCUGAACUCGUCCAGAAACCUGUUCGUUCUUGGAUUCUCUAUGUUCUUCGGUCUGACGCUGCCGACGUACCUGGACACGCACCCCAACUCCAUCCAUACAGGUCUUGCGGAGCUGGAUCAGAUCCUCACCGUUCUUCUGUCCACUGAGAUGUUUGUUGGAGGAUUUUUGGCUUUUUGUCUCGACAACACCAUACCUGGUUCCAGGCAGGAGCGAGGGUUGGUGGAGUGGAGAUCCUCCUCCUCCUCCUCCUCCUCCUACGACCUUCCUCUGGGGAUGGGCGUGGUCAGACGGACUCGGUGGCUCCGACGGUUUCCCAUCAGCCCCUCCUUCACAGGUUUCAGGUUGUCUGACGACCCGCCCACACCUGAGGAGGAAGAGGUGGAGGAACAAGAAGAAGAGGCAGAAGAAGCUGCUGACGUCCACCUGCCCAGCACCAAGGUGUGAUUG